AUGCUCGCCAGACUGCUCUCCCUCUCGUGUCUGCUGACCUACGUGGCGGCUACCGCCCUCACGUUCACGCUUCAGCCCAAUGAAAAGUCGUGCUUCUACAUCUUCAACCAGAACCAGCGCGCCAACAUCGGCUACUACUUUGCUGUCCAGGCCGGUGGAUCGUUCGACGUGGACUACACCAUCAAAGCCCCAGGAGGCAGAAUCCUCGCCAACGAGCAGAAACAGAGACAGGGCGACUACAUCUUCACCGCAGACCUUAUUGGAGAGUACGAGUUCUGUUUCUCGAACGAAAUGUCCACCUUUGCCGAGAAAGUCGUGGACUUUGAGAUCAAGGACAACGACGAGUUCAAGGCGUCGUUGCCUAACGCCCCGGCAGAAAACACAGCCGUCGAGGGAAUGCAGGCUUCUGCUUUGCGGAUCGAGGAGAAAUUGGGCCAGCUCUCCAACACCCUCCAAUACUACAAAACAAGAAACAACAGAAACCAGUCCACCGUCAAGUCCACCGAGAGCCGGAUCUUCUGGUUUUCGGUGUUCGACGUGGUUCUCAUGUGCAGCAUGGCGGCUUUCCAGGUGCUCGUGGUCAAGUUCUUCUUCCAGGGCUCCAGAAGACAGCUGGUGUAA